AUGCACAGUGGCAAGCUGCAGACAGGUUUGUUGGUGGCUGGCUACUUUAUCUAUCUGCUUGUGGGUGCUGCUGUGUUCCAGGCACUGGAGAGAACUGCUGAGAAGCAGAAGAAAAUGGCAGCUGCCCAGAUGAAGGAGGCUUUUUUGCAGAACUUCACUCACCUCACAGUGGCGGAGAUGGAACAGUUUAUGAAGAACCUGACUGAAGCCAUUCAGAAUGGAGUAUACCCUGUUGGAAAUGAAUCACAGAUUGAAGACAGCAACUGGGAUUUCAGUAACUCCUUCUUCUUUGCAGGCACGGUUGUCUCCACAAUAGGCUAUGGCACACUACGUCCUAAAACUGCUGGGGGCCAGAUCUUCUGUGUCUUUUUUGCUCUGUUUGGAAUCCCUCUGAAUAUUGUUUUUCUACACCGUGUUGGUAAGAUGCUGUCACUGCUGUGUAAAAAGCUGGGGAAAUUCCUGUACGAGAAAGGAAUGAGAAAGAAGAAGAUAAAAUUUCUGACCCUUCUGUUCUUCCUGGCAACGGGGAUCCUAGUUUUUCUGUGCUUGCCGUCACUCUUCUUCCAGAAAACAGAGGGCUGGUCCUACAGUGAAGGAAUUUACUUUGCAUUUAUCACCCUCAGCACCAUUGGCUUUGGAGAUUAUGUAGUAGGUAAACAGCCUGACAGGAAUUACUUUUCCUACUAUCGAACACUGGUGGCCAUUUGGAUCCUUUUUGGUCUUGCCUGGAUUGCUCUCCUAUUUAAUUUAUUGACAACGGUACUAGAAGAUACUGAAAAAAUAAUUGUCAAGGAUAUCCAUCAAAUUGGAAAGGUGAGUAAGGACAAUGUAGCAAGCCAACAAAGAAGAUGCUGGCCUGCUGAAUUUAUUCCAGAAGAAGAGCUACUACCACCACAUGCUGGAGGGGAUGCACAGAAAAUGGACUCAUUAGCACCAGAUUCUGAGCACCCAAACCCUGAAAAAAAUACUUUUUCUUAG